AAGAUAGGUUAGCUGUGGUUUUGACGGAUACUGCCAGUGAAGACUCGUUAGCAGCUAAAUUAAGAUCUGGCUAUUUUCUGGUUGGGAUAGAACUGACCAAAACUAGGAAGAAUUUCAGUGUCUCUGUCUCCUAAGUUUUCAGAUGAGACAUAAAGUUCCAAAGGUAUUCCCAUUGGAAAGAUGGAAUGGAAAUUCGUAGGAGCCUGUUUCUUUGUAAUAUGGAUGGGUAAGACGAACAGUCUUGAGAGUAGAAGCAAUUUAUGUAGACCUCGACGCUCUUAUACUUUAGACUGUGCUCAUCAGAUGGGCAUAAGUCAAGGUGGAUGCAGUGCUGUAAUUGAAAGAAACAAUACAGCAUGCUGGGAUAUGAGUUUUCCUUCAUGGAACAGUCCACCCUUCAAUGGAAGACAUUUCAAGCUAAAAACAUACUGCUACAAUAAUGGUGCUUAUCAACGAACAGGCCUUAAUGCUACCAUAAACUCUGGGAGUUGGACAGAAGCUGCCUUUAGAUUCAAAAUUGAGGGGAAGAAUUAUGUUUCCUGCGUACAAUUUAUCCAUAAUGCUAGUAUAAAUGACAACUUUAUGUUGUUUUAUGACUGCAUAUGGCAUGAAAAUGAUCUUUAUGGAGAACAAAUGAAAGUAGACUACUUCCUGAAAGACCAGAACAGAGAUACUAUGGAAUUUGGAAGUUUCCACUUUAUUCUUCCACAGUGUCACUUUAACGAGAUAGGAGAUCAUGUUUUAGAUAUUUCAAGACAUCAAACUUUUAUCUAUGUUGAUGAAAAAGCAUUGUCAUUUUCAACAAUCCAUAUCCAGAAAAUGCCUGUGGAUUACCAAGUCAGCUCUUACAUUAUAAAAAAAUGUCACACUUGUCAAAGUAAUUUAAACAAAACACUUGAAUGUUCAAAGGCAUACUGUACUACUGAAGAAAAAAUCAAGACAGAUAUAAAUGAGGAAGAGAUUGUGUUAAAAGUACCAAAUAGUGGAAAUGAGACUUGCUUCUAUGUCACUGUAGAAGCUGUUUGUCAUAAUUGCUCUACCAGUAACUGGUGUGUGGCUCGGUCUGUUUUGUUGAUACCAAGCAAGACAGGUCUCACAGCUCUUCCUUUCAUUGUGGUUCCAUUGUGUUUCUUAAUUGUGUUGGCAUUGUCAUACAUAUAUUGCACCACAAAGCACAGAACAGUGGAUGGUAACAGCUACAGGCGCCCAACAGUCCUACUUGUUUACAACCCAGUGCAUGAUAUUCAUGUCCAAAUAAUUAUGGGUGUUGUGAAACUUAUGACUCACUGUUGUGGAAUUGAUGUGUUGUUUGCUGACACUGAUAUAGCAAAAUCAAAAGAAAAGAAUCCAUUGGUUUGGUACAACAGGGCAGUUUCAGAGGUGGACUACAUUGCAGUUGUUUCUGCACUGUCAUCUCUAAAUAAAAGCUGUUCUACUUAUAACAAUAUUUUUCAAAUUGGUAUGACAGUUGUAGAGGAAACAAUAAAGAGAAGUUCUUCAGCUGUUAAAUUUUUUAAUAUUAGUUUUCCAUAUAAUUUGAAAAAUGAUGUCCCAAUUAAAACAAAGUGUCAUGAAAAUUUCAAUUUGAUGAAACAGUUUGAUGAUAUGGUUAUAUAUGUACACAAAAGUGUGAGCAGUGUAAGAGGACAACCUUUAAAAUUAAAAGUGCCUAAAAGAGUGAAUAGAUGGACAGGAUACAAGUCUCUUCCAGAUUAUUUAGAGCUGUGUAAGAACAUUGAGACCAUGAAGAAAUUAGUUGCACAAGAAGAAGGUGUUAGCUUAAGUACUACAGAGGAUAAUUUUGUUAUGAGUGCUUUUCUUGAGAGAACAGUACCUGUUCAUAAUAUUGCUGAACAUAUUAAUAAUACCACAGAGAGAUCAGUUUCUGCUCCUGCCCAUAAUAUUGCUGAACAUAUUAGCAAUAUAACAGAUGUUCCUGUGAAAGAAUCAAGAAGUGAUUUAGAUCAAGAAUACCAGAGCUUGCAAGAACUACUUCAAAGAAAUGAACACAGUACCCAUUCCUCAAGAGAAACUGUUGAUGAAGAUUCUAAGCAUCUUAUAAAUACACAUGCUUUCUCAAGAGAUGCUUUUGUUACUUCUGUAGAUAAAUUUCUUGACCUGGAUGGAUUACUGUAAACUCCCAUAACCCACAAUCCAUUCCAUUCAAGGCCAGUACAAUACCAAAGAAAUGUUUCUCAAAUUUAAUGUUCACCAUGUAGCUUAGAGUCAUGCUAAUUUCUUAUUGUACAUAUCCUGAUCCCACAUGUGGUUACCUCCACAUUGUAGUGUUGCAUGUAGAUUCUGCAUGGCUUUUAAAGAAAAUUAAUUUAUAUUUGUGUCCAAUUGUGUCUCCUUUCAUGUUCAUUAAUACAAAAGAGGAAGCCUGAAUAUUGUUUGCCACUAAUAACAAUCUCUAUUUUGUCAUUGUUUCAUACUCAUCAGCCAUAGACUUUCUGGUUAUACUUAGAUAUCUAGUAGGCAAUGUAACAUUUUAUUA